UCAUUUUUUUACAGGUCGGCUUCGAGACUUCCCCCACGCCUCUUCUCUCUCUCCUUAAAUCUCGGUCACCUCCCUCUGUCUCUCUCUCUCUCUAAACUUCAAAUGUCCUUGAACCUCUCUCUCUCUCUCUAGAAUCUCUCAAAUCCCAACAGUCCUUACGUCUCUCUCACUUAUGAGCACUUCUCUCUCUCUGACUCUCUGUUCAUCGGUCUCUUGUGUAUAUAAACCUCCCCUGUUCAAACACCAACUUCAAAUCUCCGUUCCACCAAAAAAAACAGGGACGAGAGCCUUGACCUCGAAUCUUCUUCUUCUCCCAUGGGGAUCCCCUGAAAAACCCAUCUCUCCAAAACCCCUUUAAAACCCUAAACCAGAGAGAAAAAAGAGGAUAAGCCUCUGAAUCCCAAGAUGGGUAUCACCAGUAGGCAAAAAACCCCCAAAAAACCCUUUCAAACCAGCUUUCUCCCCAUCAAUGGCGUCUCAGAACCAGAAAGGAGCGCAAGCAAUAGCGACACUGAUUCUAUGCAGGAAGGUCCCUCUCAUGCCGAAGCUAAUGGAGGUUCGGUUGGUCUUUUAGAGAGAGAAAGACCCAUUAAAGGCAUGGAUGCCAUGGCCUUGGAGGAGGUGAUUAGAGGAAGAAGCGACCGGGUCAAGAAGCUUUUGAGUAUUUACAGAGAGCAGUACUGGUUAUUAAUGGAGGAGCUGAGGUACAAGUACAGGGAGUACUCCUGGAGGUUUGGGAAAUGUGGGUUUGAUGAGAAGAAGGAUGAGAGAGAAAGAAAGGAAGAGAGAGAAAGAGAGGGAGAAGCCGGGGUUGGGUCUAAGUUAGAGAGAGAAGGAGGGGUGCGGUGUUUGUAUCAAAGUUGUAAGGCAAAGCCAAUGGCGCUCUGUGAUUAUUGCCAUGCCCAUGUUCUUUCUGAUAGCAAGCAACAAUUAUACAAGGGAUGUUCAUAUGUUAUUAAGAGCUUGCCGUCGGGAGCUGUUAUUUGUGGUAAGCCUGUUUUAAAGGCAACUGUGCCUUCUCUCUGUUCUAAUCACGUCCUAAAAACGCGAAGGAAUGUGGCCUUGUCACUUAAGAAGGCGGGCCUUGGCAUGCCUUCUUCAAAUAAGCAUGCCUCGAAAUUCCAUGUCAUGAUUGCCGAGUAUGUGCGCUUUAUUCAAGCCAAACGUAGAAGGCUUCGGAAUGGGUUCUCUUCUGGGGUAUCAGAAAUUAAACCCGAUACAUAGUUUAUUGCAGGCUUCUACAUGCAUUUGUUUACGGAAAAUGCAAUCUUAAAAUCAUGUUUCCUUUUGGGGAGCACAUUCUUGGAUCCAAAUCCUGUUCUAGCAACUGGUGGUUAAAAUAUAUAAUGGGUUCUUGCUCAUUCAAGCCAAGAGAGGAGGAUUCCAAAUGGAACUCCGCCCAUGAAAUACAGUACUGAAAUGAAUGCAACCUUACAAGGAAGCUUGCUGCUCUCAAGAAAGACCGAACUUCUUUGCAGGAAUUCAAGAAUUUGUAUCUGGAAAAGUUUAGCUUGAGCCAAUAUCAGUAAGUAAUUCAUGCACCCAUAUCCUGUUUUGGCAACCAGAACAUAUAUGGAUUCUCGUACUUUUGAUCCGAGUGCAGCCAUAACAUAUGAUGCGUCCUCGUACCUAUUUUCAUAUGGAUCAGAAUGUGAAAUUGAGGCUCAUUUAACAGAAUGGGAUUUUGAACGAUUGUGUGCCCAUAGAAUUUGGCUGGAAUGAGUUCUACGGAUGAAGCUGAUUGAGAGGCAAGGGGACCCAGGUAAACUGCUAGUGGUGAAUUUCAACAAAGAUUCUUGGUUGCAGCUUUACACAUUAUUUUGUCUGGAAUAUGCUCACUUACUUUUCAACCUCAAAAUCAACCAUACCCACAUACUUUUCGACAUCAAUGUUAACGAGGUCUAUGGUCUCAUCUCCACGAUUUUACGUUAUUAAUUCUAUUGAUACAAGAAAAGAAGAAGCGAAAACAGAAUUUGAAGGGGAUUGUUAUGAGAUUAGGUGUUGGAGUUGCAGAAAACUACAUCCCUUAUUGACACAUUUAUUCACUGCAGCUCAAGCCUCCUAUAUUGGCACUACUGCUGAUGCACAAGGACAGAAGGCUGGUUUGCAAUCACUGACCUCUUAUCGCAAGUUCCUAUUUUCCUUUUCACUUUCUAACAAAUUGUAAACAAUGGAACCCCGUUGUCGUUCCUAUUUUCCUUUUCAAAAAAAAAAUUGUAAACUAUUCAAAUUAUUUUACUGCUGACAUGUUUAUUUUGAUAUUUAUUCAACUUUCAGUUGUAAAAUGAGAUUCAACUUUCCUGGUCUGAAAUCUGCUAAUGGAAGCAUUUUUGUCAAU